AUGUCUGGCUUCAGAAAUCUUUUUGGUAGAGACUAUGCAGAAGAUAAUCUUCGAAUUAUAAUAACUCGUCAUGGUGAACGUGCUGAUCUAGCAUUAGGACCACAUUGGUACAGUGUUUUACGAAGAGCUGGUGGUCGUCAUUCUCUAGUAUCAUAUUUAGCACAUCGACCAGAUUCUAGUGAAUGGAAAUAUGAUCCACCAUUAACGAUUCGUGGUGAAAAUCAAAGUAAAUCUACUGGUCGAAAAUUACUUCAACUUGGCUAUCCAAUUGAUUAUUGUUAUGCAUCACCUGCUUAUCGAUCCAUACAAACAGCAAAUAAAAUUCUUGAAAGUCAAGGACGAAAAGAUAUACCAAUCAAUAUUGAACCUGGUCUUUUCGAAUGUUCAUCGUGGCAUUUCGUUGCACCAGUUUCAUUUAUACCACCUGAAUAUUUAGCAAUGGAUAGACAUUUUAAUAUCGAUCCAUAUUAUACACCAUUAUAUGAUAGUGUUGAUGCAACAGAAGAUGAAGGACUUUAUUAUCAACGUUCACAGCGUGUUAUUGAUGCCAUUGUUAAAACACAUAAAAAUCAAGGUGGUACUAUUUUAUUAUCUGGACAUGCUGGUUCAAUUGAAGCAAUAUCACGUGGUAUGCUUGGUCGUCGUGCACGACCUGAACGCCUUCAAUAUGAAGCUGGCAAGGUUGAUUAUUGUAAUUUUGCUAUUCUCGAACGUGAUGCAUAUUCACGUCAAUGGCUUGUUCAGUCACCAUUAACAAAUGAAAAUUAUUAUGGUGAACAUGAACAUCUUCGAAGUACAAUACCACUUCAUAGAGCUACUUCACAAUUUAUGGCAACAAAUCUAUUAAGAGGAUCGGCUUCAUUUGCAAGAUAUUAUCCAUAUAAAAACGAUUCGUAUCGUUAUUAUUAA